AUGUCGAUGGCGUCUCUGCUUGAUGACGUCGAGAGCACGAGGUCGGACGGGCAAGGCCAAGCGAUGAGGACGACGAGGGGAGGAGAGGUGGUGGUGACCAACGAGGUUUACGGCAAGGACUUGCAUCUGACUGCUCGGUUGCGGAGUCACCGGCAAAAUUGGGCAGGGAAAUGCAAGAUCCGAAAGCGCUGUCACGGCAAUGCAAACGCAAAGUAUGGCGGACGCAGACAGUGGAGGAUGCGGAACGUGUCAAAGCACGCUGAGAGGAGAGAAGGGAGAAGAUGCGAGAUGUGUCGAACAGUGCAUAUGACAGAGCUGUUUGCGACUGAGAUCGCGGCGUCUUGCUAUCCGAUGGGAAAAUAUGGACAGCUCUCAUCUCACAAAGGGUUGCGAUGGUGCAAGAAACCGAAGAGGUACACAGAUCUUGAGUUUUCAGGACGAUCGAAGAGAGGUGUUGGCUGGACGAGCAGUGCAAGUCAUUCAAGAUUGCUGCAGUCCUGGCUGAAAUGUGAGCGUUAUGGGGGGCAACCAAUCCUGUCGGAGAGGUCGGUGUGCGCGAAAAUGUGUUCUCGCUUUAGCUUCCAUCAUCAUCUGCUUCCAUCUCUCCAUCAUCCUACACCUACACGUCAACUUCAAGAUCAUAUCGUCAAGAUGAAAGUGACUUCGAGUCUAGCUUCGAUGCUGGCACUGUCGAUGCUGAUUGCGGUCAGUGUCGAGAGCGCGCCUGUUUCAAAAGGUCAGUUGGACAUUUUGGUUCGAGGACUCGGUGAUGCUCCUCUUAUCGUUCUUGGAAAUUACCAGGACGGCAACGACAACCAGAGCGGAAAUGGCAACCAGCAGACGAGCGUUUCCAACACCAACGUCAAUGGUGACGGUAACUCGGUCACCUCCAACUCUGACGGCUCGACGCAGAGCCAAUCCCAGAACGCCAACCAAUCGAGUGGCUCAUCGACUGGACAAACCUCUCAGCAGCAGUCGCAGCAACAAUCGCAGACUUCGAACAACAACCAAGUUGCCAACUCGCAAGGUGCUCAGCAGCAGGCUCAACAGCAGGCACAGCAAGCUCAAUCGCAAUCGCAGGCGCAAAACUCGAACUCCGGUCAAGGAUCAUCCACCGGUCAGACUCAGAGUCAAUCGCAAAACAGCGUUCAGAAUGCCCUGCAACGACGAUGCAAAGAGUGGUAUUGA